UUAAGAAAAUGCAAGCUUUUGGUCACUGCGGAGUGUGUGUGUCGAGAGGACUCUUUCAGAGGCGGACCGACUUCCUGCUCACGCUGACCAACAUGGGCGCCUUCCGUCAAGCUGCAGCGUGUUUACAUUUGUUGAGAGCCACAGCUGGUGGGAUCUUCAUCCACAGAAAACCAGUACAGGGGCUUCUACGCCUCCCAGAAGUGAUGCAGAAACAUGCUGUGUCCUUCAGCGUGGGCAGUGGACUCUGUACUGUUCCCUUCAUUCAGCAGGCAGAAAAUCUGUCACAUGAGUCUCUGAUUCGACGGGCAUCCAGCUUGGUCACAGACAGUGCUAAUACCUACCUUUCCCAAACCACCAUGGCUCUUGUAGAUGCCCUCACGCUAUAUACAAAGGCAUUGCACACCCUCAUCGCUCUUCAAAAGCGUUAUUUGGCCUCAAUUGGAAAACUCACUCCUGCUGAGGAAGACAGCAUUUGGCAAGUGAUCAUUGGCCAGCGAGUGGAGGUUGGAGACAGGCUAGACGAAUGUAAACGUUUUGAGUCAAACUGGGUGAAUGCUAUCAACAUCUGCGAGCUGUCAGCCGAGGCCGCCUACAAUUCAGGAGCGGAACAUGCAUCCAAUGCUUUAAAAAGCAGCAUGCAGGCAGCACAGUCUAAGGUAGAAGAGAUGAGGAAACUCCAAAUGGCUGCACAGAAGAGUCUGGCUGAAAUGAAAGCUGAAGAGAUCCAGAGAAUGGCUGAAUAUGCGUCAAGUAUCAACUUGCAGGAUUUGGAGGAUAUUCCUGAGGCCUACCUACGUGAAGACUGAGAAUUUUUCAGGAAGAACUGACUGUAAAUUAUUGUCCAGCAUAGGGUCCUGCCUGAGCCUUUCAGCUGUAAAAAUGUUGUAUGGAUGAGAAACAGUGAAUUAGAUUUUUCAAUAACAUUACUAUGUAAAAUUUAUAGAAUAUAAUUUCGAGGUAUUGAACUUAGACUUAUAUUGUUCUGCAAGACCCAUAACUUGCACUGCCCAUUAAUAAACACAUCUUCACAGCAUGUUUUCCUUUCAGUAUAUGAAAAAGAAAUGCAUGUCAUAUAAACUAAAAAUCACAAAUUCUGCACAUUUCUGCCAUGUAAACAAUACAUUUGUCCAGAUGAUGGGUGUACACACUAUUUUGAGAUCAUUGCAAAAAUGAAUGUACUACUGUUUAUUUUAAUGUAAAUAAAAUAUUAUUUUUCUAUGAA